AUGGGGUUACUGUCGAAGGAGGAGAUGAGAACAGAGGGCGCCAGGGGCGCUGGCAGCCACAAGGUGUGGCAAUUGAAGAGGUUUCCUCGGGCCAAUGAAGGGUUCGUGGACGAAUCUGUGGAAACGGCACAGCUCCAUGGCGAACUCAGCGUGUCAAGCACCACCAUGGUACAGCAGGUCAUAAGCCAGCAGACACAACCACAGGAGUACAUGUUUGUUGAUAUGUCGCCGAAGAAGGACUCCAAGAAGGCUUCAAAGAGACAAGGCCUGUCCAGGCUGUUCAGGCUCAGCUCUGAUAAGAAUACGCAGGUGCAGACGGUGCCACAUGUCGACACCAGCACUCGCCAUGUGCCGGUACAGGGCAAGCCUGGGCUGUUGAGAACGCAGAGCUGUGAUCUCAACGGCCCACUGUCGCCAAUGAAGAGACCAUUGACACCGUUGGUCAUGACGGUGUCAUCAGACGGCAGGGCAGUGUUGCAACACUCGUCGUCUGCGUCAAGCUCCCAGACAGACCUCUUUUCGCUGUCGCACAGAUCACCAUCUCCCAAGAGAGACGUCGAAUCUCUAUACUCUUCUGAAAACGAACUGGAAGAGGAAGAGGAUGCAACCAGAGCAUUUGGAAGGGCUGUGUCGAGAAGGAAAAGGGCAAACACUGCGACCUCGAUCAGCUCGGUGAACGGGGGAAUGGCAAGGGGACAGCUGAGCAGGAAUCAAAGCAUCACUUCCCUCUCGAGUAUCCAGAGGGCUAGGACUACGCCUAUCAAGACCCACAGCUCCAUAACUACGCCAACCUCGAUGAGACAGUCCACGCCUGUUGAGUCCAGACCGACAAUGGACUUUAUGGGAUCUUUCUUCGACGACACUUCAAGGACACCUUCUAGAAGACCUCUGCAUCAGAGACAACAGAAGAGCAUAAGUGUUCUAGGCCCACCACUGGGUAUGGACGAUUAUGGCAAUGAUGACACGAGUACCAUUUUUGGACCAGACUUGGUGGCCUCGUCUCCAAAUACAAUAACAAACCAGCAUAACAGCCGUAACAACGCUAACAACACUAACGACAGUGCUAACACCAGCACGCACAAUAUCAACACAGCAAUAUAUAACGAUUUUGACGAAUUCUUUGAUUUUAAAGCAUUCUCAGAGGAACAUACUUGA